UGCUUAUCUCCAUAUAAAUGAUUUCCGUAUGAAAUUUAAUUUAUUCAUAUUUAAACUCUAUUGCCUUCGUCGAAACUCAAAACCCACCGAGCGAAUGCCCUCACCCCAGAAACCAAAACAGCAUUUAGCUGAGAAUUAACGGGGCUAGAGUCUGUGUCUUUAAUUACUUAUUUGUGUUCCACCACAAUGCCGAUUUCAACGAGUAAACUGAAAUCUGUUGAUUUUUACAGGAAAAUUCCAAGAGAUCUGACAGAGGCAUCACUAUCAGCUGAGAAACUCGGGUUGUUACAAAGUAAUCAAGACCUAGAAGUGUGCUUGCAACAAGCCUUGUGUUGGCAAAUGCCAUCUACCUUCCGCAAAUUAUUUGCAACCAUACUAGCCUUUUGUGAUGUUGCCAACCCAAGAUCAUUGUGGACGCAAUUUAAGGAGCAUUUAUGUGAGGAUCUCAUUAAAUCUUCCUCAAACAUGACCGAAUCUGAAGAAAAAUGCCUUCAUCUUUUGAAUGAAGCGUUGUUAUGCAUGGGAAAAAAUAUCAAUGAAUUCGCUUUAGUUUCACAUCACAUUGGAAUCACAAAACACCAACGAAUCCAACGAGAAAUCCAAGCCGAACGUAGUCUCACACCAAGUGACAAUGAUUUAUUGGCCAUCGAAAAGCUCAACGUUGCGCAAAAGGAAGCAUUUGAUGUGAUCAUGAGCCGCGUUUACUCAAACAAGGGAGGUGUUUUCUUUGUUGAUGGGCCAGGAGGGACCGGAAAGACAUUCUUAUACAGAUGUCUUCUUUCAAAAGUGCGGUCAAACCAUGACAUUGCCCUUGCCACCGCAACGUCCGGCGUUGCCGCAUCUCUAUUACCUGGCGGACGUACUGCCCACUCCCGCUUCAAAAUACCAAUAAACAUCGAAGAUAGAUUUGUGUGCAGUAUCGGGAAACAAAGUGCAGAAGCUACCCUGAUACGAGACAGCAAGUUGAUUUUGUGGGACGAAGCAACAAUGGCAAAUCGAAGAACAGUUGAGAAUGUUGAUACCACAUUAAGGGAUAUCACCAAUAGUGAUAACUUAUUUGGGGAUAAAGUGAUGGUAUUCGGAGGAGAUUUUCGACAAACGUUACCUGUGAUAAGAUCAGGAGGAAAAAAGGAUUGCAUGGACGCAAGCUUGGUAAACUCCCAUGCAAUUUGGCCACAUAUUGAACGCUUACCAUUGCGCGAAAACAUGAGAGCAAAAACUGAUCCGGGCUUUGCAUCGUACUUGAUGCGGGUUGGAAAUGGAACUGAGGAUUACGUGUCUGACUUCUCCAUUGCCAUUCCAGAACAAUUUCUUAUCCCGUACACAGAGCACGAAGCAUCGGUGGAUGCAUUAAUAGAAAAUGUGUUCCCUGAUUUGGUUUCAUUUAGCAUCAACCCCUAUCCACUAAUGCAAAGAGGAAUAUUAACCCCAAAGAAUGAUGGGGUUGAAGAAUUGAAUGACAAACUGAUCCAACGAAUGCCAGGGGAAGAGAGAUGUUAUGUCAGCUACGAUGAAGCACUUGACACAAGUACACACGCCGAAUAUGGAGACCUAUUGAAUGCCAUUUCUUUGGCCGGCCUACCCCCACAUAAAUUAAUUCUGAAGAAGAACUGUCCUGUUAUGCUACUCAGAAAUUUAAAUCCUGCCGAGGGGUUAUGCAAUGGGACACGACUGAUAUGCCAUGACUUUCGUGAUCAUGUUAUUAACUGCUCCAUAGCAACUGGUGAACACAUGGGGAAAAAUGUCUUCAUUCCGAAAAUACCGCUCCAAGCAACUGAGGACGCCAAAUGCCCUAUACCCUUCAAACGCCACCAGUUUCCCAUCAAAUUGUGCUUUGCCAUGACAAUCAAUAAAUCGCAGGGACAAACAUUUGAUUAUGUGGGGAUUUAUCUACGCGAGCCGGUGUUCUCUCACGGACAACUAUAUGUUGCAAUGUCACGGGCCCAAAGAGCAGACUGUUUGAAAAUAUUAAUUUGCAACAAGGACCGUUCUGGCAGCACCAACUUGACCCCCAAUAUAGUCUACGAAGAAAUAUUGGAAAAAGCCCAUCAACAAGUAAACGUAUGAGAAUAGGUGAACCCAAACUAACCAUUCCUUUUGCACUACAAAUAUCAACUAUGGUCAUUCAUAUGUGUGUGGAGUUGAACAUGCAUGCCUGACAAAAAAUCAAUUGCAACAUUCAAUUUUAUUGUGUAGGAAGUUUUAAUUCUUUUUAGUUUCAAUGUGCUUGGAAAAAUGUUUACAAAUUAUUGCUUUAAUUAAAUCAUCCUCGCACGUCGUAAACCAG